GUGUGCGCAGGGUGGGUACAUGGCUGCCAAGGUGUCCAAGCUGGAUGAGCAGUUUAAGCUGGACGUUCCGAGAGAGAAGCUGAAAGAUGGAGCCUGCUCCAGCAUCUUCACUGGGGUGGCCAUCUAUGUCAAAGGGUACACAGAGCCCAGUGUGGACGAGCUGCGCAGGCUGAUGAUGCUGCAUGGGGGUCAGUUCCACGUGUACUACUCCCACUCUAACACCACCCACAUCAUCGCUACCAACCUGCCCAACAGUAAGAUACAGGAGCUGAGGGACCAGAAGGUGGUCCGGCCGGAGUGGAUCACUGACAGUAUCAAGGCUGGCCAUCUCCUGUCCUACCUGCAGUACCAGCUCUAUGCCAAGCAAAAAGGCCUGAGCUUCCCCAGUGUGUCUGUUCACCAGGGCCAAGAGCCUGCAGGACCCCUCCAUGGGCACCUCCUACCCAGCCACAGCCUCCCUUUACCCAGCCUCAAUAACCACAACCCAGCCCCUAGCCGUGGGCAGCCCCUAUCCAGGCACCACACUCCUACAUCCAGCCACAGUCAUGUACACAUAGACAAUCUCCUCGACCAGCCCAACCAGUAUAACCCGCUAGCUGGCGACCUCAACCCCCAGCCCAGCCACUCGCUCCCCCUCCCCAGUCACCUCAACCCUCAGUCCAGACACUUUAGCCCAGGACACUGCUUUCUCAGCCCCUACUCCUCCAAUCACCUCUACUCUGACCCAGGACACAUCCCCCACCACCCACCCAGCCAAGGGCAGCCCAAGCCAGGCUGCAUCCGGCCUCUUGCUCCAGCCGACACCCACUCACAGACCCCCGGUCCCGUCCCAGCUCACCCCAGCCAUGAGCACUCUAAACCUGGGCACGCACAACCUCAGUCCAGCCUCUCCUUCUCCAACCACCUCCAGCACAGCUACCGGGAUCUGGACUUCAGACUAAACGGAUCAUUACUGACCUAUGACAAGACGAGGACCGCCCAAAUAAACUGGGUGCAAGAGGGGGGCGGUGAGGACCCCUGUCCUGUCAGACCCACCAGAGGGGCAACGGACCCCCCUCUGACCAAUGGUCACGCCCACCCUGUGAAUGGUGCCUUAAAGCCUCUGGAUCUCUCCCCCAACCCCACACGACCCACAGACACCCCCCUGAACCCUGACAGGAAGUCCACGGGGGGGUCUGGGUCCCUGCAUCCUGCCAGCCCCCUAUCCAACUCCCCUUUGAAAUCUGACCCCCCCAAACUUCUCAACAGCCCCCCCAGGAACCCAACCCCUCCCCCUGUGUCUCACCACAGACACCACGAACAACUGGCCAAUGAACAGAGACUCAAACCCCCGCCGCCCACCUAUCAGGAGGCGACGGCUGCCUUGGCGUCCCGCCCCCUCAUUCUCCCACCUCCGAAGCCCCGUCAAUCAGAUUCCCCUCCUGAGAAACCCCUCCCCCUUGAUAACCCAAACCGCUCCCCUUCCCCUGUCCGUCUGAAUGGCAGUCACCACAAUGCCUUUACUCCUAACCCCGCCCCUCUUGAAACCAACAACUUAUCAGCUAUUCCCUCAAAUCCCGCCCCUCCAGACAGCGACCACCAAUCAGCACUGGCGAAGACAGGGGGGAUCAUCUCAGAGUUCUACUCCCACUCUCGUCUACAUCACAUCUCCACGUGGAGGAGUGAGUUCUCUGAGUAUGUCAACACGCUGCAGAGCAGGAGGAGGUCCACAGGGGGCGCCACAUUCCCCGGGAGAGACAGGCUCAAACGCCAGAGGAGAGAGGGUUCGUCAGCUGCUCCUGGCCCUCAGUCCUGUAUCCUGCAUGUGGACAUGGACUGUUUCUUUGUCUCUGUGGGGAUCAGACACCGGCCCGACCUCAAAGGCAUGCACGCUCACACACACACACACCACCUCGGCCCCCAGCCCAGCCAACUCGGCUCUCAGUCCAGGCACCUCACUCUAGGACCCAGCCUCCUCGGCCCCUUUUCCUCCAACCACCUUUACUCUGACCCAGGGCACAUCACCCACCACCCACCCAGCCACGGGCAACCCAAGUUAGACUGCAUCCAUCCUCCUCCUUCAGCCUACACCCACCCACAGACCCCUGGUCCCGUCCCUGCAAACCCCAGCCAUGAGCACUCUAAACCUGGACAGGCACAACCUCCUUCCGUCCUCUGCAUCUCCAGUCACCUUCAGCACAACUACCGGGAGCUGGACUUCAGACUGAAUGGAUCAUUACUGACCUCUUAUGAAAAGACUCGGAGCGUCAAAAUGAACGGGGUCCAAGAGUUGGGUGGUGAGGACCCCUGUCCUGUCAGAACUCCCAGAGGGGUGAAGGACCCCUGUCCUGUCAGAACUCCCAGAGGGGUGAAGGACCCCUGUCCUGUCAGAACUCCCAGAGGGGUGAAGGACCCCACUCUGACCAACGGUCACGCCCAUCCUGUGAAUGGUGCCAUAAAGUCUCUGGACCUCUCCCUAAACCCCACACGACCCACACCCACUCCAGACAGGGGCCUAUCAGCCAACACCUUUCCUUCUAACCCCACCCCCCUGGAAACCAACAGCCUAUCAGCCAACACCUUUCCUUCUAACCCCACCCUCCUGGAAACCAACAGCCUAUCAGCCAACACCUUUCCUUCUAACCCCACCCCCCUGGAAACCAACAGCCUAUCAGCCAACCCCAUUCCCUCAAACUACGCUCCUCCGCACCACGACCAACAAUCAGCAAAGGUGAAGACCGGGGGGAUCAUCGCAGAGUUUUACUGCCACUCUCGUUUACACCACAUCUCCACGUGGAGGAGUGAGUUCUCUGAGUAUGUCAACACGCUGCAGAGCAGGAGGAGGGCCACAGGGGGCGCCACCUUCCCCGGGAGAGACAGGCUCAGACGCCAGAGGAGAGAGGGUUUGUCAGCUGCUCCUGGCCCUCAGUCCUGUAUCCUGCAUGUGGACAUGGACUGUUUCUUUGUCUCCGUGGGGAUCAGACACAGACCAGACCUCAAAGGGAAGUCUGUAGCGGUGACCAGUAACCGUGGUCCAGGCAGAGUGGCCCAGAGGCCUGGUGUUGACCACCAGCUGGAGCUGCAGUACUACCAGAAAAAAUACUCCUAUCCAGCUGUGUCAGAGAGGAAGGAUGGGGACCUGGAGGAAAUGACAUCAUCAGAGACGGAGAGUCACAUCUCCCAUGGCAACAGUGUUGACCAGGAUACUGCUGCCCUCUCUAUGGCUGAGAUCGCCUCCUGUAGCUAUGAGGCCAGGCUGGCGGGGGUGAGGAACGGUAUGUUUUUUGGCCAGGCCAAACAACUGUGUCCCUCCCUGCAGUCUGUCCCUUAUGACUUCCAGGCCUACAAGAAGGUAUCCCUGGCCAUGUACGAGACCCUCGCCAGUUAUUCUCACGACAUCGAGGCCCUGAGUUGUGACGAGGCGUUGGUGGAUAGCUCUGCCCUGCUGGCUGAGUUGAGUGUUACACCAGAUGAACUUGCCAGUGCCAUCCGGGCAGACGUCAGGGAGAGGACUGGGUGCUCCGCCUCAGUGGGCAUGGGGUCCAACAUCCUGUUGGCGAGAAUGGCUACCCGGAAGGCUAAGCCGAACGGACAGUACCUCCUGAGGUCAGAGGAAGUGGAUGACUUCAUCAGGGACCAGACGGUGACCAGCCUACCAGGUGUGGGCCGUUCUAUGGGUGGUAAACUAGCAUCUCUGGGUGUGAGGUCAUGCGGGGACCUGCAGCAGGUGUCUCUGCAGCGGCUGCAGAAGGAGUUUGGCCCUCGCACUGGUCAGACCCUCUUCAGGUUCUGCCGAGGUCUGGACGACCGGCCCGUCCGUAGUGAGAAAGAGAGGAAGUCUGUCUCGGCUGAGAUGAACUACAACAUCCGCUUCACACAGGUGGACGAGGCAGAGUCGUUCCUGACACACCUGUCCAUUGAGGUGCAGAAGCGUCUGCAGGGGGCAGGGCUUAGGGGUCGCAGGCUGACCCUAAAGGUCAUGGUCUGUAAGGCAGGGGCCCCGGUGGAGCCAUCCAACUACAGUGGUCAUGGCACCUGUGACAAUUUGGCUAGGUCAGUGACCCUGGCCCAGCUUACAGACUGUGGUCAUUUGAUAGCCAGUGAGGUCAUCAAGCUGUUCCACACAAUGAGGCUGAAGGUGCAGGAUCUGAGGGGGGUGGGCCUCCAGGUGCAGCUCCUCGAGGGGGUCCACUCCGUCCCCAAGGACCCCUCGGGCCCUAAAACAUCCAUCAGAGACAAGCUGCUGGCCCAGCGCCACCCCGCCCAACAUAACCAUACAGAUUCGCUAUCUAAUACCGCCAUUACUGACACAUGCACCAGUCAGGAAAAUAGUUCCUCUGCCAGAGUCCUGUCCCCCUUCUCCACUCCCCGCCCUACAUCGCCUGCUGAGCCAAUCCCAGGGACAAGUAAAGGAGAGCCGCCACCCUCUACACACACACCUAACCAUGUUGGUACACGCCUUAACCUCAGCAUCGAGGUCUCCCCUCCCUCACAGCCGCAGAGAGAACGCCCAGGCAAGAGGAUCAUGGCAGACCAGAGGAACCCCCUGUUGCAUCUGAAGCAUGUGGGGGUGGGUCGGAUGAAGCACUGCUACAAGAAGAGUGCCAACAAAGGCCCCUCCCCUCUAAAGAGGCCCCGCCCACCAGGAAACACCCCGGCCAAAGACCUACCACACGUGCUCAGACCCAGGGACCUACCCAAUGUCCUCAAGCUGGAGAAUGGACCUUCCACCUCCCCCCUACAGCAGGACGACCCAGAGACUCUGUCCAAGUUCACCCCUCGCCCUGAACCCACCCUGGCUGGAGCUUGUGAUUUCAUGGACAUCCGAACACUACUCAGAGAAUGGGUCACUACCAUCUCAGACCCCAUGGAGGAGGACAUUCUGCAGGUAGUCAAGUACUGCACUGAUCUGAUCAACGACAAAGACCUAGAGAAACUUGACCUGAUCAUCAAGUACAUGAAGAGGUUGAUGCAGCAGUCUGUGGAGUCUGUAUGGAGCAUGGCCUUUGACUUCAUCCUGGACAACGUGCAGGUGGUGGUACAGCAGACCUACGGCAGCACUCUGAAGAUCACAUAGGAGAGGGAAGCACUCUGAAGAUCACGUAGGAGAGGGCAGCACUCUGAAGAUCACGUAGGAGAGGGCAGCACUCUGAAGAUCACGUAGGAGAGGGCAGCACUCUGAGAUC